AUGCAGCGGUGUGCCUGCAGUGGAGACUGCACAUGCAGCGGUGUGUCUGCAGUGGAGACUGCACAUGCAGCGGUGUGCCUGCAGUGCUGGCUGCGCAUGCAGCGGUGUGCCUGCAGUGCUGGCUGCACAUGCAGUGGUGUGCCUGCAGUGGAGACUGCACAUGCAGCGGUGUGCCUGCAGUGGAGACUGCACGUGCAGCGGUGUGCCUGCAGUGGAGACUGCACAUGCAGCAGUGUGCCUGCAGUGGAGACUGCACAUGCAGCGGUGUGCCUGCAGUGCUGGCUGCACAUGCAGUGGUGUGCCUGCAGUGGAGACUGCACAUGCAGCAGUGUGCCUGCAGUGGAGACUGCACAUGCAGCGGUGUGCCUGCAGUGCUGGCUGCACAUGCAGCGGUGUGCCUGCAGUGGAGACUGCGCAUGCAGCGGUGUGCCUGCAGUGCUGGCUGCACAUGCAGCGAUGUGCCUGCAGUGGAGUGGCAGCCCUGCAGUGCAAAAUGCAGCCGCCGUGAAACAAAAAGGGGCCAACUUGCCCCCCAGGAAGUAG